AUGGGAUUGCAUGCAAAAAUUUGGCACAACGUUGGUGAGCCUGCAUGCAACGUCUUCAUAAACCACCGUACGGUUGAUACGAGACGUACAGUGGUUCCCUUGCUCUACGAGCAUCUGAUGCAGAAAGGAUGCAAGCCGUUCUUGGACAAAGAAAAUCUGAAACCUGGAGAUAGGUUGUUGAGCACAAUUGAUAAAGCUGUACGAGGAUGUAAGGUUGGGGUUGCUGUCUUUUCGCCUCGUUAUUGUGACUCUUAUUUUUGUCUCCAUGAGCUCUCACUUCUCCUGGAAUCAAAGAAACCAAUCGUUCCGAUUUUCUAUGAUGUGAAGCCGUCGCAGCUUCGGGUUAAGGACAGUGGAAUAUUGAGCUGUUCCCAGAAAGAUGUGAAGAGGUUUGAUCUUGCUGUUGAAGAAGCUAAAUGCAUUGUGGGGCUGCCCUUCGACUCCUCCAAAGAGUAUAUCAUUUAUUCUUUUGCUUUUAGUUUUAGUGAUGUCUUUUCAUUCCCUAUCCAAUUAUCAAUGACUUUCAAUCUUAAAGUUAAUUACCUAUUUGAGGAAGGUGUGUCAACUGCCGCAGUACGCCCUCAGCUGCCUCUUAAUUUUGGGGCCUUUCUAGACGUUUUUUAA